CGCGUGCGAAGGCGAGCGAUAGCGGAAGAAACAAGAGGCUGCUGCUGCUUCUUCCGUUGCAACUUGCAUGUGAGGCGAGGCCGCGAGAGAAGCGCGAGCCAUGUCGAUCGCACUGCAGAGCGGGCGCGGGGUGGGCGGCGGCGCCCCUAGGUUCGGCCACGUCGCCCGCUGCGGCUACGCGGCCUCGCCGCCGCCGGCGGCGGGGCGCGGGCGCGGCGGUUCGUCCUCGGUGGGACGGGACAGCGACAGCCCCGCGGCGGCGGCGCAGUGGGAGUGGGACGGCGAGGAGGUCGAGGGCGGCGACGGCGAGGUGCAGAGCUCAUACAAGGGCUCCGCUUUCGACACCAUGGACGCGCUCCAGGAGGCCCUGCCCUCCAGGAAAGGGGUAUGCAAGUUCUAUAAUGGAAAGUCUGGAUCUCUUGCAAAGCUUCAAGGUGCCGUAGUACCUUCUCCGCUGAAAAAGCUUCCGAAGCAAGAAAGACCAUCCCCUAGGAAGCGCAAAGGUCUUCUUCCAUUCAGUCUCAAAUGGGGCAAACCACAGAAUAAAGAGGUAUUCCCCGAAGAUGAUGCGAUUGGCAGCCCCACAAACUGCGUAAGGAUGGCUAUAUCGCCUGCUGCCACAAGCAGCUCAGGAAGCAACAGUGGUAGCGACGAUGAACAUAACCGCUGCCAGAAGCCAUCUUCCCGUCGUCCGCACAGAAGGCCCAGCAGUGUCAUGGGUGUUUUUGCUUCUCCGCCUGCACCUCGUCCACCCCAGCAGUUCUCAGCUGUCAUGAGAUCUCAAUCAAUGCUUGAUCUGCAGGAUGCGACAGAUUCAACUGACCUGGUCACUCCCAGGGACAAGCGCAUAAAGAAUUAGCAAAAGUUGAAUAGUAUCAGGAACAAGGGCAUGAAGAACUAGGUAGAUCUGAUGUAACCUGAACCUUGGUGUCAGCCCAAACACCGGUGUCCAUUUUAGACAGCGAAACCCAAUGGCUGAUGUCUGCAUGCUUAGCGACACCGAAUGAACUCGAGUUCAUAUAGCUGGGAUUCUCCUUAUACCCGAUGUACCGAGAAUUGAGAAAGAUACAGAUGAAUUAGGCAAAUUGGUGUAAGGAGUCAGUGGCUAUUGCAUUGGUUACUAUUUGACUUGUAAAUGCUGGAUUCUGCUUCUCUUUGCCUAAUUCAACCAUGUUGCUCGUAUUGACCUUUGCUUUGCUCGUCGUUCUGAAUUAGGCAAAAUUUGUUGUCUGU